CUUCCAUCUAUUCCCCUUUUCUUUCGUCUCCCCCCGUUCACUCGCUCUCCAAAUCAGAGGCGGCGGAGAGAAGAGGCGUCACUCCCAGUCAUCUCUGCGGUCCGCCGCCGGUCUCCAGGGCGAUCCCCGUCCGAAUCCUUCCCGUCCUGCUCCCGCCGCUGCACCGCGCGAUGUCGGUGGCGGCGCCGGCGGCCAUGGUAGAGGGGUGGGAGGCGAUGCGGCAGAAGAAGAGGAGGAAGAGGCACAGGGAGGAGGUGGAGGUUGCGGUUUCUUCCUCGGAGUCUCCUCGACCUCCGGCGACUCCGGAUUCGAAGACCGAGUCUCCGCCCCUAGUCACUGCCGAAACCCUAACCUUGACGGGGGUGGCGGCGGGCAAGGGGCGCAAGAGGAAGAAGCAGGAGGUGGCGGCGGCGUCUUCGUUGGUGGAGGAGGCCGUCCGGAAGGAGGAGAAAAGGAAGGGCAAGAGAAGCAGACACGAGGCGGCGGCGGCGGCAACUCCAUCGCCGUCAAUCCCUGCGGCGGCGGCGGCCACCGCCCAAAUCUUGGAGGUGGCGGCGGCGUCUUCGUUGGUGGAGGAGGCCGUCCAGAAGGAGGAGAAAAAGAAGGGCAAGAGAAGCAAGCACGAGGCGGCGGCGGCAACUCUAUCGCCGUCGAUCCCUGCGGCGGCAGCCACCUUCCAAAUCUUGGAGGUGGCCGCGGAACGGGCGGCAGCGAGGAAGGAGCAGAGACGGGGUAAGCUGGAGCAGGGGCAAUCCGGCCAGCAGCCAUCACCCGUUGAUGUCCAUCCCCAAGGAGGGGAAGCAGUAGUUGAUGGUGGCGUCAGUGGUAGUAAGAGUGUCAGGAGGAGAAGCAGCGGCAAGCCUCGAGUGCUGACCGAUCAGGAGAUCCUCAGGAUGAGAAUAGCGUCGUUGAAAGAACAGCCAGUGCCCCAAGGCUUGGUCCCCACCAUGGCCAAUGCCAACUCCAUUGAUCAGGACCCCAAAUAUUCCUCGCCUUUUGGUGCAUUCUUCGACCAGUUCUGCUACAGACCUGAACGCCGGCAAGGUCGCAAUGCUCCAUCACUUCCGAAAACCCCUGAUCCUCCAGCCAGGCCGCCUCCUCGAGAUCACCUGUCAUUUCUGUCUUCUCAGCUCACUGCAAAUCAAAAGGCUGCCAAGACAACGACCUUGAACACAAAGCGACCACCCUCAGCCUCAGGUUCGCAAGUAGCGGUAAAGGCAAAAGAAAAGAAAAGACCUGAUGAGAAGAUGGACACGACGAAGAAGCCAAGAAAGAAACCACCAUUGCUUAGUGCUGCUGAGAAGCGGUCAGACAAGUACCGUCGCCUGCCGCUGAAUCAGCUGGUACCCCCGCCGCGUUCCCCUUAUAAUCUCCUGCAGGAGAGGUACGCACAUGACCCCUGGAAGGUCAUUAUAAUAUGCAUGCUCCUCAACUUAUCAAAAGGAGAUCAGGUCAAGAAGAAAUUGAAGGGCUUCUUCAGACGCUAUCCUGAUGCACAGACUGCAUGUACAGCUGAUCCUGAAAAGAUGGCAGAGUAUCUAGCACCUCUGGGGUUGCAGCGUGUGAAAGCAAACAGAAUCCAGAAAUUGUCUAAGGAUUAUGUUUCAGAGGAAUGGACCUACAUUACGGAGCUUUUUGGCGUUGGCAAGUAUGCCGCUGAUGCUUACGCAAUCUUUUGUGCUGGAAGAGCAACAGAGGUGGUUCCAGAAGAUCACAAGUUAGUUGAUUACUGGAAGUAUGUCUGCUUUGAGUUACCAACUCAGGCAUCACAGAAUGUGGAGGAGGCUGCAGGAGUGACUGGGCAGGGAAACUUUGCUCCUGCGGUUCAGCAAAUUGCUGUGAGCUGUUGAAAUGGAAAUACUGCUGCAUGGUGGUCGCAGCGCAAAUGCUUUUGAUGUUUUAGUUUGCAGCAUAAUGUUAUGUGAUGCUGUGUCGUGCCAUCUAGCUCUUAGUAUCCUUCUGAUCACUGUUAGGUUGCUGCCUGCAAGUAAGCUUGAGCUGCAGAUUUAACUUGGUAGAGAUGGAAGGCUUAUGGUAAUCAUGGCCAAAUUUGUUUUAAGGAAAAGCUAUAGCUCGCAUGGGUGAUUUGAGAGUUUGUCACUCGAAUUUCUGAUCACUCAAUCGCUCAUUUCAUCCAUCUGAUCCACUAUCUAGCCUGGCUUUCCUUUUUCUUUUUUCUGUAUGGCUGACAGUAUAAUCCCAUAUGGCAGCGACAUGCGCCUUUUCAUUUUGUAAAAUGCGUUGUAUUUUUCUCAGCUCGUUCUUUCUCAAACCCGUCGGGUUUUCAUUUCCUCCUUUUGUAUAAUAUAUUUCUUCUUGUGCUAUGUGUCAGUGAUAUCUAUCAACAUGAUGUGAACUGAUUUC